AUGGAUGUACCGCGCAAGACCUUGACCCGGGGCAGCCUUGACGACGACAACAUGACAUCAGAUAUCAAUCCCCAACAACCUCAAGCUCAACCCCAACCUCAACUCAACACGACAUUCCACCCUUUCCUUCGCCUGCCGCGUGAGCUCCGGGACGAAGUCUACAAAAUAAUACUCUCGGUCCCACCAACGAGUGUACUUGACCCGAAAAGAUAUCCGCCGUCUCUUAACCUAUCGAUUCUUAGGGUCAAUAAGCAAAUACACCAAGAGGCAUCUGGAAUAUUCCAUACGACGGCAGUAAUCCCAAUUCACAUAAAAAGAUAUGAGAGUGGACCUGGGGGGGUUUAUACCACUUAUUAUAUAACACAGGAGACGCUGUGGGACUCUUUUGUGUAUCGGUAUAGGGGGAAAUAUGGAGAACUAUUUUCACUCAACGAACCGAGCAAUUUCCCAGUUCCCAAAAAUAAAUAUAUCCAUCCAAACGUUGAAUACCCACCAAUCCCGAGUGGAAUACACUUCCGUAAAUUCAAAGUCGAAGUACUCGAUGGCCGUCUCCUAGGAAGCAUACCAACCAGCAUCAACUAUGGAUCAGCCUCAAGAAAACUACUUUUACUUUUAGUAGAUAGAUUAUCAUCUCAGCUGGCGCCUCCAAGUAGAGAAAGUACCCUAACUCUCGAAAUCCACCUUAUCUCAAAGGUUCUCCAAAGUACUGCAGAAGAAAUAGCAUCAGCACCAGAAAGUUUUAUCCGUGAUACUACUGCGAAAUCUCAUCGAAAAGCAUUAUACAAAGAUAUGGUAGACACUAUUUGGCCGUUGACACAGGGACCGUGGAAAUAUAACAUUCACGUUCCACGGUCGUUGGAAGAGGAGUUUCCGGGGUUUUUGGAGGAGACAUUAGAGCUGUGUACUCGGCUUGAUGCCGGAGAAAAGAAAGAGGAAGGUGUUUGGAGGGAACCUACUCCGAUGUGGUAUCUUUGGGGGAGGUCUGGGAUGAAAACUCACCCCAUUGGCGGGGGGGUGGACCAUCUUGCUAGUCCUUGA